AUGAGCGAUCCUACGGUAGUCAAGACACGUGAAACGUGUAAAAAGGGUCCAGAAUCAAAAGAAUUGGACGUUCAAAUGGGGACCUCGCUCUCUCCUUCCCCAGAUGCACCUAAACAAUAUGCGACAGAUGAUCCCCAAAACGGUCGAGGCUACUCACGCCUCUCCACGGUUAUGAUGGUGGUCUUCAGUGGCCUUGCUAUUGGCUCAGAUGGCUUCAACGCUUCCAUCAUUGGGAAUAUUGAAUUGAUCAUGGCAGUCAUUUAUCCGGAGUCGCUGACCACGGCUGUAGCCGCUCGGCUAUCCAACGCAUUCAUGGUCGGCAUGAUUAUUGGAAUGCUCUCAUUUGGUUACAUUGCCGAUAAACUAGGCCGCAAAAGUGGCGCUGUUCUAACUACCACAAUUUUGGUUCUGGGAAUUGCGCUGAGUGCCGGUGCCAGUGGGUUGACCGAGGAUGGCAUGUUUUGGAUGCUAAUAGUAGCCCGAGGAAUUGCAGGUGUUGGGGCGGGCGGAGAAUACCCCGUUGCAGGAGCAGGUGCUGCUGAAGCCACAGACGAGGCUCCGGGAAUUCGUAAGCGAAGAGGCUUCAUUUUCGCAAUGAUUGCUGAUCUAUCGGCGUCUCUUGGAUUUGCCUUCGGUGCUCUGGUGCCACUCUUGUUGCUCUUGUGUUUCCAUCAAAGAGUGCAACAUUAUGAAGCUGUGUGGCGAGUCUCCUUGGCAAUGGGAGCCAUCGCUCCUCUUUCGAUUUUCUGGUUCCGCUAUCGGAUGGUUGUCAGUUCCGCAUAUCGCAAGAGCUCUAUGAAAAAGCAGAGACUACCCUAUUGGCUAGCGAUAAAGAAGUAUCGGCGGCCGUUGGUGGGUGUUUGUGGCUCGUGGUUCAUUUACAACUACAUCUCCUAUCCUUUCGGCCUGUUUUCAUCGACCAUCGUCGGUCGAGUCAACCCAUCCUCGUCCUUGGCCCUCACAAUGGCCUGGGGAACGUUGAUAAAUUGUUUCUACAUUCCCGGUGCAUUCAUCGGCGGUUUCCUCUCUGACCGUAUUGGCCGCCGCCGCACCAUGGCACUCGGGUUCCUCCUCCAGGCAAUUCUUGGGUUCAUCUUAGGAGGAGCAUUAGGCCCUAUCCAGACAAAUCUGCCGUUGUUUAUCGUGCUCUACGGCAUAUUUCUUACCCUUGGAGAGGUCGGCCCAGGUUCCACAAUUUUCGCGGCCACGCAGUCGGAUUCGCUGCUGCUUGGAGUAAGGCCGGGGCUGCAAUUGGAACUCAAGUCUUCAAGCCGAUCAUGGCUAAUUGGGGGGGAUGAUGAUCUUCAUGGAACCCAGGCUGUCUUUCUCAUCGGAUCAGGAUUUGCUGUUCUCGGGGCUUGCCUGGCCUGGUUUGUGCUCCAGGACUGCAACAAAAUCCUGGAUCAUGGUGACCAGGAGUGGAAGGAUUAUCUAGUCGCUCAUGGCUAUACAAACAUUGAAUGGGGCGCUGAAGAACAAACGGCUGUGCCAGACCAAAAAUUGGCCGACUAG